UAAAAAUGUCUUUAUCAACUACAGAAGAAAAAGAAACACAUUUUUGAGAGAGAUAUUUCUUUGAGAGCCUCCACUAUAUUCAGGAGAACAAGAAAUUAGCGGCCUCGGGUUCUCACGGAUAUAAGAGCAAAAUUGAAUUAUGCUAUAAUAAUAAAUUGCCUGGAUCAUGGAAACCUCUGAGAAUAACUUCAUUGCCUGAGAGUUAUUUUCCACAUAUCGUCUUUAGAGUAGAUAAGGAGCUUAGUAAAAAACAUGACUAUGACUUUCUUCUUAAUAUGGAUCUCUCAGGCAAGAAGAGCCUCUCUAUUUUAAAUUUUACAAACGAGAAAUAAGGUUAAAGUUACUCUGAUUUACAGACCAUUGCUUAAAAUUUGAUCAAAACUGUUACAGAAAGUGGUCUUGUGUCGUUUAGUGUUGACUGGAAGGCAGUUUAACAAUAUAUUUCUCAGCUUGCUAAAUACUCUUGAGUUUAUCUUCUUUAUGUGCAGAAUUGGUACCAAAAAUGUUUGUGUUCCAAUAAAUAUGAAGACUCUUUCUGAAAGCAUAACUUUCGAUUCUUGUAGUAGCCCAGAAAACUCAAUACUUUCAUUUGGAGAUCCAGAAGUUGAUAACAUUUUAAACUUCCUCACUUCAGAAUCCCUCCUAAAAUCCUUAAAAACAGCCAAAAUGAAAAUAAUCAUAACACUAGAGCAAGUCUGAGCCUUCCAAGAUGCACAUCCAGAGACUGGCAAUACUGUAUUUAAUUUCCAAAACCAGACAACGUAUCAGAAUUAUUCGACUAGUGCUAAAUAA